AGGGAGGGCAGAGGCGGAGUCGGAUCAGGGGGCAAGGCAGAAGGAGCGUAGGGCUGAGCUGGGUUGUGGGGGUACAGAACUGAAGGAGGACAGAGCUGGGCUCAGCUGAGCUGAGACGUACGCGUUUGAGGGGUCCGGGCUGAGGUAGGGCAGCACUGAGGGAGGGCGGAGCCGUGCCGGGCGAGGCUGGAGCAGCCCCAUCGCAGCCCCAUGACGGCCAUCUGUCUGCUGCGCUGCGACCUCCGCGCCCACGACAACCAGGUGCUCCACUGGGCUCAGGGCAUUGCGGGUUUCGUUGUUCCCCUCUACUGCUUCGACCCACGGCACUACCUGGGCACUCACUGCCACAGCUUCCCCAAGACAGGACCACAUCGGCUCAGGUUUUUGCUGGAAAGCGUGAGGGAUCUAAGGGAAACGCUCAAGAAAAAAGGAAGUACCCUUGUUGUGAGGAAGGGGAAACCAGAAGAUGUGGUCCAUGAUCUGAUUACUCAGUUGGGCUCUGUCAGUGCUGUGGCUUUCCAUGAAGAGGCCACGCAGGAGGAGCUGGAUGUGGAGAAGGGGCUGUGCCAGGUGUGUAGUCAGCAUGGAGUGAAGAUUCAGACGUUCUGGGGAUCCACGCUGUAUCAUCGGGACGACCUUCCCUUCAGGCCCAUUGCCAGGUUGCCUGAUGUCUACACCCAUUUCCGAAAAGCAGUGGAAUCAGGGGCGAAGGUCCGGCCAACCCUGCAGAUGGCAGAUCAGCUAAAGCCUCUGCCUCCAGGCGUGGAGGAAGGGUGUAUCCCUACCAUGGAGGAUUUGGGGCAGAAGGAUCCUGUGACCGAUCCACGAACAGCCUUCCCCUGCAGUGGAGGAGAGACCCAGGCUUUAAUGAGACUGCAAUAUUAUUUUUGGGACACGAACCUGGUUGCAUCUUACAAGGAGACUCGGAAUGGACUGGUGGGAAUGGAUUACUCAACUAAAUUUGCACCAUGGCUGGCGCUGGGCUGCAUUUCACCUCGAUACAUCUAUGAGCAGAUCCAGAAGUAUGAAAAAGAGAGAACGGCGAAUCAGAGCACAUACUGGGUCCUGUUUGAACUGCUGUGGCGGGAUUACUUUCGAUUUGUGGCCCUGAAGUAUGGCAAGAGGAUUUUCUCGUUAAGAGGGCUUCAAGGUAAAGAGAUCUCCUGGAAAAAGGAUCUUCAGCUCUUUGACUGUUGGAAAGAGGGCAAAACAGGGGUUCCUUUUGUCGACGCCAACAUGCGGGAGCUGGCUGCGACGGGCUUCAUGUCUAACCGAGGGCGGCAGAACGUCGCCAGCUUUCUUACCAAGGACCUGGGUCUGGACUGGAGGAUGGGGGCAGAAUGGUUCGAGUACCUGCUGGUGGACUAUGACGUUUGUAGCAAUUACGGCAACUGGUUAUACAGCGCUGGUAUUGGCAACGACCCACGGGAGAACAGGAAGUUUAACAUGAUUAAACAAGGCCUGGAUUAUGAUGGCAAUGGGGAUUACGUCCGGCUGUGGGUCCCAGAACUACAGGGCAUAAAAGGAGCAGAUAUCCACACGCCUUGGGCACUGAGCAAGGCUGCUCUCUUGCAGGCAGGAGUAACUCUAGGUGAGACUUACCCAGAGCCACUUGUGACAGCCCCAGAGUGGAGCCGACACGUCAACCAGAGCCUUGGAAGAAGUCCCCAUCCCAGGGGCAGGAGAGCACCUGCACACACACCAGUGCCGCACAAGAACAGAGGGAUAGACUUCUACUUUUCUCACAAGAAAGAUGCAUGAUGAAGGCUGUCCAGGCGUGUGCGGGAGAAGCACUCAGUGGGAGGUUUCGCUGCUGAAGAUGCCAGGAUGAUGGUUUAUCUCCUUGAACCAAGUCAAUGAUGCAAGUCUGGCCACAGCAAUGAGGGAUCUGCCUGUUCAGUGCUCCAGGGACACAAGCUGCGUGUGGAUAUUUGGAGGGUGUGCAUUAGUUUGGAUUGUGGUGAUGGGAUCUUGUGUUUUCACAUAGGUGGUUGGGCUGCUGCUGUCACUCUCCAAGAGUGGCUGCCAAGGGUCUGACUUCAUCGACAGCAGAUUGCUCUGUGCUUUGCUUGAGAGAGACUGUGCUGAUACUAAUUAACCAAAACGGUGUGGUCUUUCUGUUUCAUGGAGGUGUGACCUCUUUUCCAGCGCCUCCUGCUUUGCACCGGUUCUUACAAUGGUUACAGCUCCAUUACCACCUGUCUAUGAACUGGAGCAGACAGUUUCUGUGGGAGAUGUUCAGCCAGGACUCCCUCCAGCAAGCUUUCUUAGUCUAUUACCUGAUGUUUUAAAGCUUUGAACUACCCAUUGUCGUGUGAUUAAAAGUUUUGGUACUGCAAUGUUUUACCUUUCUCAUUUCCACUGAUGUAACAGAAAUCCACAGACAGCGUGGGAUGUCAGAGGAUGUUCUUCUGCUGUGUUGUAGAAUCAUAGAAUGGUUUGGGUUGGAAGAGAUCUUAAAGAUCACACAGUGCCAAGCCCCCUGCCAUGGGCAGGGACACCUUCCACUG